GCCUCGGUCCCCGUCCCCACCCAGGCGCGGAGCAGCGCGGGCUCCGGGCGGGCGCCAGGGCGCGCAGACAUGGGCAGCCGCGCCAGAGCGCGCCGGGCGGCCGCGAUGCUGGGCUUCCUCGGGCUGCUGUGCGCCGUGCUGGGGCCGUCCAUGAUCGUGAUGGUGCCCACGCUCAUCAAGCAGCAGGUGCUCAAGAAUGUGCGCAUCGACCCCAGCAGCCUGUCCUUCAACAUGUGGAAGGAGAUCCCCGUCCCUUUCUACCUGUCCGUCUACUUCUUCGACGUGGUCAACCCCAGCGCCGUCCUCCUGGGCGAGAAGCCGCAGGUGCGGGAGCGCGGGCCCUACGUGUACAGGGAGUUCAGGCACAAGAGCAACAUCACCUUCAAUGACAAUGACACCGUGUCAUUCCUCGAGUACCGCAGUUUCCAGUUCCAGCCUGACAGGUCCCACGGCCUGGAGAGUGACUACAUCGUCAUGCCCAACAUCCUGGUCUUGGGCGCGGCGAUGAUGAUGGAGAACAAGCCCAUGAGCCUGAAGCUGAUCAUGACCUUGGCGUUCAGCACCCUCGGAGAGCGUGCCUUCAUGAACCGCACCGUGGGCGAGAUCAUGUGGGGCUACGAGGACCCUCUGGUGCACCUCGUCAACAAGUACCUGCCAAACAUGUUUCCCUUCAAGGGCAAGUUUGGGCUCUUUGCGGAGCUGAACAACUCCAAUUCCGGGCUCUUCACCGUGUUCACGGGGGUCAAAGACUUCAGCAGAAUCCAUCUCGUGGACAAGUGGAACGGGCUUAGCAAGGUCAAAUACUGGCAUUCUGACCAGUGCAACAUGAUCAAUGGGACGUCUGGACAGAUGUGGGCGCCGUUCAUGACUCCUGAGACCUCACUGGAAUUCUACAGCCCCGAGGCCUGCCGGUCCAUGAACCUGGUCUACAAGGAGUCAGGGGUGUUCGAAGGCAUCCCCACCUAUCGCUUCGUGGCCCCCAGCACCUUGUUUGCCAACGGCUCCACCUACCCGCCCAACGAGGGCUUCUGCCCCUGCCUGGAGUCUGGGAUUCAGAACAUCAGCACCUGCAGGUUCAAUGCACCCUUGUUUCUCUCCCACCCUCACUUCUACAACGCCGACCCGAUGCUGGCAGAGGCGGUGCUUGGCCUCCACCCCAACCCAGAGGAACAUUCCUUAUUCCUGGACGUCCACCCGGUCACCGGGAUCCCCAUGAACUGCUCUGUGAAACUACAGCUGAGCCUGUACGUCAAGGCCAUCAAAGGCAUCGGACAAACAGGGAAGAUCGAGCCAGUGGUCCUGCCGUUGAUGUGGUUUGAGGAGAGCGGGGCAAUGGAAGGUGAGCCCCUGCAGACCUUCUACACCCAGCUGGUGUUGGUGCCCAGUGUGCUACACUAUGCCCAGUACGUCCUCGUCGGGCUGGGCUGCGUCCUGCUGUUCAUCCCCAUCAUCCACCAGAUCCGGAGCCAGGGUCCCAGGGACGUCGCCAGCCAGCCCAGCGUGGCCACUGAGCCGGACCGGCUCCCCAGCCCCCGCACCCCGCUUCUUCAGGACUCCCUCGGCGGACAGCCCACCAGUCCCAAAGCCUGAGCUCCCCAGUUGCCACAUGCGUGUCCGCGCGCUGCACGCCCCCGGCACGUGUCCACACGCGAGUACGCAGGCGUGCGCAGAGACACUCAGGGAUGGAGCCGCCGCUGAGAAGACUCAGGGCAUCGUCAACCAGGGCCGUCUGGAACCUUCUGUCCGGGUGACCCACAGUGCCGCGGGCACCGGGUCCCCUCCCCCGAGUGAGCCCGGGCCGACCUGUGCGGCCUGAGGGCCCGGGCUCCUGACCACUCACUCCCCUCCCCCCCCUCCCCCCCGGGCCCCCUCCACCAGCCACGACACAGACGCCGCGGUCCCUGCUGGCUGGCUCGCCUGCAGGACACGCCUUUCACUACUGUCCCCAAACCCAGCCCGGGAAGGCAGACUUCUCGUGCCAAAGCCGUGCGGGCCGCCCGGCCGGGCCCCGGAGCUUUGGCCGCGCACGUGUCCCCGGGGCUGGGGGCCAGGCGGCGUCGCGCGGGCCCCAGCAAGCGGCGUGACCGGGACCGGCCUGUCCUUGUUCCGCGGGCCGACCCCGAUCUCCCCAGAGUUGCCGCGGGUGCCGCCCGGGAUGCCUAGGGCCCCCUCCUCCCGCCUAAACUGACGUCAUCCUGUGUACUGAGCCGGCCGCUCCCGGGUGGGGGUGGCGGGGGGCUCUGCCCCGAGUCGCCCCCCACGAGGGCCCUCCGCCCCGUCAGUGUGGGUGUCCCGUCUGGUCCGGGGCAGGCCUCUGCCUCUUUUCUACUGCCAGAGAAAUGAGUUUUGUCAUCUUUUAAAAGUAAUUCACUAUUGAAGUAAUAAACCUUUUUUAAAAGUUAAA